CGCUCAUGCCACGCCGUGUCUCUGGCGGCGGGAGCGGCUUGGGCUGUUGCUGCGCGCUGCCAGCAUGGGCCGAAGUGCCCACUCUCUCGGUCGCGGAGCCCGAGCUGACCCAGUGCGGAGCUUCAAUCGCUGGAAGAAGAAGCACAGCCACCGGCAGAGCCAGAAGAAGGAGUUAAGGAGGCAGCGGAAGAAGCCGGAGUGGCAGGUCGAGCGCGAGGUGAUCGGCCGGCUCACGCAGAGCUACGAGACGAUAAAUGUAAGUGAAAUUGCAAGAUUUUCAGAUUUUCCCUUGUCUAAGAAAACUUUGAAAGGUCUUCAGGAAGCCCAGUACCGCCUGGUGACAGAGAUCCAGAAGCAGACUAUCGGCUUGGCUUUGCAAGGUAAAGAUGUGCUUGGAGCUGCCAAAACUGGAUCUGGCAAGACGCUGGCUUUCCUGGUUCCAGUAUUAGAAGCCUUGUAUCGUCUGCAGUGGACGUCAGCAGAUGGGCUGGGGGUUCUGAUAAUAUCACCUACGAGGGAAUUGGCUUAUCAGACCUUUGAGGUUCUCCGAAAAGUGGGAAAGAAUCAUGACUUCUCAGCUGGUCUCAUCAUUGGUGGAAAGGAUUUGAAACAUGAAGCAGAGAGGAUCAACAACAUCAACAUACUCGUUUGUACGCCAGGCCGACUUCUUCAACACAUGGAUGAAACAAUUUGUUUCCAUGCCACCAACCUCCAAAUGUUAGUUCUUGAUGAAGCAGAUAGAAUCUUGGAUCUGGGCUUUGCUGAUACCAUGAAUGCUAUUAUUGAAAAUCUUCCUAAGAAACGGCAGACUUUACUUUUCUCAGCCACGCAAACCAAAUCUGUAAAGGACCUUGCACGUUUGAGUUUGAAAAACCCUGAGUAUGUCUGGGUUCAUGAAAAAGCAAAAUACAGCACCCCUGCUACUUUGGAGCAGAACUACAUCGUCUGUGAGCUACAGCAGAAAAUAAGUGUGUUGUAUUCCUUCUUGAGAAGCCACCUGAAGAAGAAGAGUAUUGUCUUUUUCUCCAGCUGCAAACAGGUUCAGUACUUGUACAGAGUGUUCUGCCGGCUCCGCCCAGGGAUCUCUAUCCUGGCUCUCCAUGGCCGACAGCAGCAGAUGAGAAGAAUGGAAGUCUACAAUGAAUUUGUCCACAAGAGGGCUGCAGUACUCUUUGCUACUGAUAUUGCAGCCAGGGGACUGGAUUUUCCAGCUGUGAAUUGGGUUCUUCAGUUUGACUGUCCAGAAGAUGCCAACACUUAUAUUCACAGAGCUGGUAGAACUGCCAGGUACAAAGAGGAUGGAGAAGCGUUGUUAAUUUUGCUCCCCUCUGAAGAACAAGGGAUGGUGCAGCAGCUUCUUCAGAAGAAGGUACCUGUGAAAGAAAUCAAAAUCAAUCCAGAAAAACUUAUAGAUGUGCAAAAGAAAUUGGAAUCCUUUUUAGCCCAAGAUCAAGAUUUAAAAGAAAGAGCUCAACGGUGUUUUGUCUCCUAUAUACGUUCAGUAUAUCUUAUGAAGGAUAAAGAUGUAUUUGAUGUGAGCAAGUUACCUAUUCCUGAAUAUGCCCUGUCUCUUGGUCUUGCUGUUGCACCAAGAGUACGAUUUCUUCAGAAAAAGGAGAAACAGCCCACUAAAAUAUUGAGCAGGAGUCCAAAAACUGAAGAAACUCAGCCUUGGGCUCCUACUCUCACCAAUGAUGAUGUGGAAGAAUUUAGAGCCUGUUUCAGUGAGAAAAUGUCCAUUCUUCAGAAAAAUGGGCAAGUACUAGAAAGGACAGAGUACAGACUGGCUAAUGGUAGUAGGGAUGUAGAACAGGAAGAAGAGGAGGAGGAAGAAGAUGUAAUAGAAGAGAAACUGAGCAAAGCAACAGGGUUCCAGACUGAAUGUGUUCCCAAUGUUAAUGAGACACAGAAGGUGAAGGAAGUUCCUGUGCAGUUCUUGGACAGAAAUGAUGAGGAGGAAGAUGAGCCUGAUGCUGAUUUCCUGAUGGUGAAGCAGCGUGAUGUGUUUGGUUUGGGUCUUAAAGAGAAUGAAACAUUACAGAACAAAGAACCUUCUAAAUCCAAUGUCAAGAAAAAAAUAACCAAGGUUGCAGAAGCAAAAAAAGUACUGAAGAGAAAUUUUAAAGUGAAUAAGAAAAUAACAUUUACUGAUGAGGGAGAGUUGAUUCAGCAGUGGCCACAGAUACAGAAAUCUACUGCCAAGGAUGUGGAGGAAGAUGAUGACACUGGUGGUAUCAACUUACAUAAAGCAAAGGAAAGGCUUCAGGAAGAGGACAAAUUUGACAAAGAAGAAUAUAGGAAAAAAAUUAAAGCAAAACAUCGGGAAAGAAGGCUAAAGGAAAGACAAGCCAGAAGAGAAGCCAACAAAACACAAGCAAAGGCCAGUGAUGAAGAGGAAGCCUUUUUGGAUUGGAGUGAUGAUGAUGAUGAUGGUGGAUUUGAUCCGAGCACUCUUCCAGAUCCAGAUAAGUACAGAAACUCUGAAGAAUCUGGUGAUGAAGAUAUACAAAAUAUGAUGAGUGAUACCAAGAAGAAGCAAGGAAUGAGGAAAAGGAGCAACAGUGAAUUGGAAGAGGUUGGACCAACAAGCCAUCAUGGGAAGAAGGCCAAAUGGGAAACCUUAGAGCCUUUGGAUACAGGCCUAUCUUUAGCAGAGGAUGAAGAGCUGGUAUUACACCUGCUCAGAAGUCAGAGCUAACUACUUCUGAGUGUUCCCUGACACCACUGGACAUAUGUGGGCAAGAAGUUGAACAUUAUUAGCUUUGGGUACUUGGGUUCCAUAUGUCCUAUUCCCAAAGGACACCUCUCCAAACAGAAAUGAUCACAUCACUCAACUCUUCACAGGCUUUGUUUUGGAUGUGUCCUUCAUAUCUCCAAAGAAAUACUAUAAAGGAACUACUGUAAUAGAUCAUCCCUGAGAAAAGAAUGAGUAUUUUAAAGUGAGAUAAUAAGUAAACAAACAUAUUUCCUAUAAUAUAAAGUACUACUGUUUUUAUUGUGUCUAGUGAUAUGAAAGCACACUGAAGGCCAGCCAGUCUGUGACAUUGUUCUGUCAGCUCUGGAGGAGGAGAUGGAGUUUGUGGACAUAAAAGCUCAUUUAAAUGACUGUAGAUAGGGAAGGAAAGAGUAAAUAGAUUGGAAUUGAAUUUGGGGUUUAAUAACCUGAGAAGAUUUUAAAAUUACAGUUUCUAAUACAGUUUGUUGGCCUUGAACAUUUUCCAAAUAUCGUGAAACUACAAGAGUGCAUAAACUGAUUUUAUCUUUCCCAUUUUAGUUGUUCUUCUUGAGACAAGGAAUUAAGGCCAUUUAGUUCCUGGAUGGAAUUAUUGAGUAAAUAUAUUCCUUUUGAUUGAUAAACUACCUUGAGUUGUAUUCUGCCCUUAGGACUGAAUGGAUCCUAACUGUGCCAUGUAUCUCACUCUGUUGCUUUUAUUUUUAUUUAUUUAGUUAGAGAGAGAAGAAACAAAUAGGCAGACAAAUGGAUUGAUGAUAGGUAGGUAGGUAGGUAGAUAGAGUGCACCAGGAUCUCCAGCCACUGCAA